UGUGCCACCAUUUUGUGCUGCAAUUGCGGCUGUUUGCUGUUGUUUUUCUGCUGCCUUGCUCCGUGUGUGCGAGUCGAAACAACGGCCCCAUGGCGGAGAGUCACUCAGCUGCUGGGCAGGGGGAAUCUCCGUCCUUGGGUGGCUCUGGAGUUUGCAGCUCGGAGCCUGAAAACCGACGGCGGCUGAGCGAGCUACGCGUGAUAGACUUGCGGGCUGAGCUCAAGCGCCGCAAUUUAGACAGCGGAGGAAACAAGAGCGUCCUCAUGGAGCGGCUCCGCAGGGCUAUUGAGGAGGAAGGGGGAAAUCCUGAUGAAAUUCCAGUGGUUUCAGAAAAUAUGAAGAAAACUCCAAAAAGAAGCAGCAAAGGACGUAGAGCAGAUGAAGAGGGAGUAGAAGAUAAUGGCCUGGAAGAGGAUUCGGGAGACGGACAGGAGGAUAUUGAAGCAAGUUUGGAUAACUUGCAGGAUAUUGACAUGAUGGAUAUUAGUGUGUUAGAUGAAGCUGAAAUAGAUAAUGGCAAUGCGGUAGAUUGCGCAGAGGAUUACAGUGCUGAUAAUAUUCUUGACUCACUGUCUGAUAGUAAAGAAAAUGCUGAUGCAGAAGUGAAAGAACACCCAGAUCAGCCUGCAGAAUAUGCUGUAGGUAACCUGGAGGCAUCCCCACAAUUUUCAGAAAUUAAAGAAGAAUCAACAGAAAUACCAAUAGUGAUGGUAUGCAUCUCUGAUGUAGAGAUUGAAGAUGUUGGAAACAGUUUGGAUGCUUCUUCAUCUGAUUUAACUGCAAUAAAGGAGCUUGAAGAGUUACCUUUGGAGCCAGAAAAUGAGAAAAUACUCGACAUUUUGGGGGAAACUUGUAAAUCUGAAGUACUUAACGAAGAGACUUCCGAGGCGGAGCGGCCACAUGCCCAGGAAGCCAGUAACGUGGUGCCAGGCAAGAGGCUAGCGGAGGAAGAGGACGCUCUUGCUGCCGCUCAGGUGGAGGAAGAUGCUUUAGAUAUGGACAGCAAAUCGGCACAAGCUAUGGCAAGGAAGGAAGCAAAGCGUUUAGUUGUAGCAAAAGGGGAGACAAGUGAACAGACAAUAGAGGAAGAGAAGCUGGACUCUGACUCUUUAGUAGUAGAGACCCUAAGCGAUCAGAGUAGCAAACGCUCCCAAGGCCUGGAAGCCUCUAGUGGGGAAACAGCGGCCAAAGGCGCAGGUCCCGAAGGCAAAGAUAGCAAAGAAGAUGGCAAGAAAACAGAAGACAAAGCUAAUUCUGAGGAACCCCCUGCUACUAAAGAGUCCUCAGCCAGUGAGGGCGGUGAUCAGAAAAAGAGCCCUGUUGAGGAGGACAGAGAUGCAAAGAUAAUCUCAAAGGAUGAAAAAGGCCGUGUGGGUAGUGCUUCUGGCAGAAAUCUGUGGGUCAGUGGACUUUCAUCCUCUACUAGAGCUACAGACUUAAAGAACCUUUUCAGCAAGUAUGGGAAGGUGGUUGGUGCAAAAGUAGUGACAAACGCUCGCAGUCCCGGUGCUCGCUGUUACGGCUUCGUUACGAUGUCCACCUCGGAAGAAGCCACUAAGUGUAUUAAUCAUCUCCACAGAACAGAGCUGCAUGGCAAAAUGAUUUCUGUGGAAAAGGCAAAAAAUGAACCAUCCGGGAAAAAGCCUUCAGACAAAAAAGAAAGUGAAACAAGGAAGGAAAAAGACAGGCACCACUCUGCAGAGUCCAAAUCUGAGAAGUCUGGUGGUAUUAAGAAGGAGGAGAAGAUGGACAAAAAAGAUGAUAAGAAAUCAGACAAAGAUGGAAAAGAUGAAAAAGAAGGCAAAGGAAAAGAUGAACAAAAGUCUGGUUCUUCUGAUAGAUCCAGGGCAAGCAAAUCAGCCAGUCGAGGAACUGAAAGGACAGUGGUGAUGGACAAAUCUAAAGGAGAACCAGUGAUCAGUGUGAAAACUUCUACAUCCAAAGAGAGGAGUACAAAAAGCCAGGACCGCAAAUCAGAGAGCAAAGAGAAGCAGGAUAUCUUAUCCUUUGAUAAAAUCAAGGAGCAGCGGGAACGGGAACGCCAGAGGCAGAGGGAGCGAGAGAUCAGGGAAACGGAAAGGCGCCGAGAGAGAGAGAGGCGGGAGCGAGAGCAGCGCCUUCAAGCCAUCCAUGAGCGGGAUGAACGACAGAGGCUCCAGCGGGAGCGGGAACGGCUGGAAUUUCAAAGGCAGCGUCUGGACAGAGAGCGCUUGGAGAGGGAGAGGUUGGAGCGAGAACGAAUGCACAUAGAGCAGGAGAGGAGGAGAGAGCAGGAGCGGAUCCAGCGGGAGAGGGAAGAGCUGAGGCGGCAGCAGGAGCAGCUGCGCUACGAGCAGGAGCGGCGCUCUGCCAUGAGGAGGCCUUACGACCCCGACUGCAGGCGAGAUGACCCCUACUGGCCCGAGGCCAAGCGGAUGGCCAUGGAGGAUCGAUACCAUUCCGACUUCGGCCGCCAGGAUCGCUUCCACGACUUCGACCACAGGGAUCGUGGCCGAUACCAAGACCAUUGUUUGGACAGGUCAGCAAGAAGAGACGGUUCAAGAGGAAUCCCAGAUCGAGAUGGGCAGCAUUACCCAGACGAGCGCCACGGAGGGCCUGAACGUCACUCACGGGACAGCUGGAGUGGUUAUGGCUCCGACAGAAGAAUGAGUGAAGGGAGGGGGAUACCCCCCCAGAGCCGGCGGGGAGGCUUCACACAAGUGGGAAACCAGAGCCAGAUGAUGCAGGGCAGCGGAAUGCAGGGAGUGUUUGCGGGGCAGGAGCGGACAACCAGAGGCACUGACGCUCGCUUCACCCGGCGCUACUGAAGGCACUGUGUACAGACAUAUAUCUCUAUUUUUUUUAAUGCCAGAUGACAAUGGUGGUGAAUUUUAUUAAC